CGAUUUUAGGUCAAAGAGCUCUGCAAGUCUGCAACCACUACGGCGCUACCGCAGCAACUAGUGGUCAACUGCCGAGAGGGUUAGUAGAAACCGCGAUCAAAGAGAUGGCCGGCGACGAGACCGCACCGGUGGCGAUAGGGCGGAUGAAGCUGGGGUCGCAGGGGCUGGAAGUCUCCAGCCAGGGCCUCGGCUGCAUGGGCAUGUCGGCCUUCUACGGCCCGCCCAAGCCCGACGCCGACAUGAUCGCCCUCAUCCACCACUCGGUCAACUCCGGUGUCACCUUCCUUGACACCUCUGACAUCUACGGCCCUCACACCAACGAGGUCCUCAUCGGCAAGGCUCUGCUAGAUGGGUUGAGGGAGAAAGUGGAGCUUGCCACGAAAUUUGGGAUCAGCAUGGCGGACGGGAAGAGGGAGAUCCGCGGGGAUCCGGCGUACGUGAGGGCUGCUUGUGAAGGUAGCUUGGGGAGGCUGGGGAUCGAUUGCAUCGAUCUAUAUUAUCAACACCGUAUUGACACUCGGAUUCCCAUUGAGAUCACGAUUGGAGAACUUAAGAAACUAGUCGAAGAGGGGAAAAUAAAGUACAUUGGGUUGUCUGAGGCAUCUGCUUCAACAAUUAGGCGGGCACAUGCUGUUCACCCAAUCACUGCAGUUCAGCUUGAAUGGUCUUUGUGGUCAAGAGAUGUUGAAGAGGAUAUAAUCCCUACUUGCAGAGAACUUGGAAUAGGAAUUGUUGCAUAUAGUCCGCUAGGAAGGGGUUUCUUUUCUUCUGGACCAAAGCUAGCUGAAAGUCUUUCUGAAGGGGAUUUCCGCAAGCUUCUCCCUAGAUUGCAGCCUGAGAAUCUUGCCCAAAAUGCGAUAAUUUUUGAACGCGUAAAUGAAAUGGCUAAGAGAAAGAAUUGCACCCCUGCACAACUUGCAUUGGCUUGGGUCCAUCACCAAGGAUCAGAUGUUUGCCCAAUACCCGGUACUACCAAGAUAGAAAACUUCAAUCAAAAUGUUGGAGCACUGGCAAUAAAACUCACACCUGAAGAGAUGGCUGAACUUGAAUCAUAUGCUUCAGUAGAUGUUAAAGGGGAUCGAUAUCCUACUGCAAUGGCUACAUGGAGAAUGUCUGACACUCCUCCUUUAUCUUCCUGGAAAACUGAAUGAAGCUUUUGUUAUAUCGUUGGGAAAAUGGCAUAAUAAGUUGUUGUAUGGAAACUGAAACCUUUCGAGGAUUCUGAUGGAAUACAUAUCAUUUGCAUA